AUGUUUACGAAAAAAGGAGACCUCUUCAAUGAUUUACAACAUGAACGAUUCUUAUGUUAUGAUCUCGUGUCUUUAACUAUAUUAUUAUACCUCACGGUCGUAUUUUCUCAUAAUAAAAAUAAACACAUACAUACAGUGCAUUCAGUGCUAAUUCUUGCGACAGCAUCAACCAUCGCAGAUACUUCCUCUCCUUUGUUACAUCUAUCAUCUUCACCAUCAAUCGUUGAAAAAUUAAGUGUAGCAAAAAGGCUGGAUGAGCUAAAAACAUCAGUAAAAGAUCAAGUGCAUUUAUUAAAUAAAGAGAAAGAAAAUCCGGUCAUUAGAAAAUUGUUAGAGAAAAUUAUUGAUCAUUACUCUGAUCUUAAAACAAUUCUGACCUUACCAGAAUUACUAGCACCUGCCACUAAAUCAAGGGCGAAAGGAACUCCAAGACCUCAAAAUGUAUAUAUUUUAUUUCGCAAAGAUGUCUCAAAGGGGUUAUACAUGCUAAAUCGUAAAAAUGACCUAAAAGGUUCAUGCAUGGGCAGAGUAUCGAAGACUGUAAAUUAUUCCUCUAAAAUUGCUGGAUUUCUUUGGGGAACGGUGAAAACAUCUCAACAUGAAUAUGAAUUUUGGAUUACAUUAUGCCAAAUCUCUUGUUUAAAACAUUCGGAAACAUACGAAAAUUAUGUGUAUCGUCCCAUUAGGAAGAAACCUAGGGACGUUGACCGGAAUAAUUUUCAAGCCACUAAACGUCAACAAUCUCAAACUAUUACAACUUCAAAAACAUCUCCUACUACUUUAAAUCACCCGCCUCCAACUUCAAUUCUUGAAUCGGAUAUGAAUGAUAUUCCAUCCUACAAUGAUUAUUCUGUUGAACAAAGUCAAACGAUAGAAAUAGAUUUUCACGCGUCCGAUAUGUGUGAAAGACAAUCCCCGAUUCUGACCAAUGAAAGUGCGCUAAUUUCAAGACACAUUCCGCGUUCGGUACCUGACCAAGGAAUGUUAAUUAAUCAACAACAAGCACAACAGGAACAUCAUACAAUGAUCUCGCAAGAAGCCGAGGUUCCAAUACCAACUCAGGGAAUGACGCCAAAUCAACCAAGAAGGCGUAGUAAUGCACAAUAUCCAUCUCCCACUGUGAUUACUACGGCGCGAUUCGAAUUCGCACCCGCUGCGCCACAAUACGUCGAAACGCACUCUACUUACGCAACUUACGCAGUGAACUCGCGGUUAUCACAAUUUAUUGGUCACUCUGACUUGACGCUAUUUCAACCCGAUCACCAUUUUUCCACGGGGCUAACGCAGCAAUGUUACCAACAAUUUGCGUAUGCGAACACCUUCGCUCCUCCACCACAACAAAUGGGAAUUCCUUCAACACCAAUUGUGACAAUAGAAUCACAACAAAAUACCAUUUCGGGAACAUCAUUUUCAAUUCACCAGCAAAAUUACUUAGAAUCUCCGUCGCCUCAAACGGCUGGUGCUGAUCCCCAAUUCUGUUACCCAUCACAUGAAGAUUUGGUUUUUCUAAGCCAACUAGACGGUUCGAGAAGCCAUCCGUUUUUAUUACACCAGUCCGAUUCAUAUGAAUUUAGGGAACAUUCCUAG